UUUGAAAAGAGAAUCCAUUCAAAAAUCUGAAAGUUCGUUACAGGUAAUUUAAACAGGAUGUAUUAACUACAACGCAGUGAAUGUGUUUGAUUUCCAGUCAGGGAAGAUUUCUGAUACUAUUCUUAGUCGUCGUGAUAAAUUACAUUCUCGAGGUUUCUCAAGCUCGCGUUUAGUUGGUUAUGGUUUCGAUUCUCAUGAAAAUAUGAGAAACGAUCCAACAAAGAAUUGCAAAGCAGUUUAGAAAGAUGAGGACAUAUUUGGUAAAUGUUUAUCUUGUGGUAGUUUUCAUUAAAAUAAUUCAUCUUUUGUCAUGCUAAAUGCUUUAAGUGUGGUAAAUCGGAAACAUUAAGCCAGUGUGUAGAACGACUGUUCAUUUCGCCACUAGUGAGCUUUCUAGUUCGGAUCCUAUUGGUUUGGUUGUUUCUAAUGAUCAUAGAUUAUCAUUAUAAACGAUUUCGAAAGGUACUUUUUACAUUCAGACGCCGAAAUAUACUUCGUUUGGUUCAUUCUAUGAUUUUAUUGUUGGAAUAGUCAAUAGAGUUCAUUGUUUCAUUUGAAAAACCUAAAGUCUUUAGAUUCUAAUGUUGCAGUACAACCCAUUAAAGUUUCAGUAUUGAACGCAAACCCCCCAUACAAGUAUGCUGCGAAUUCCUAACUAAAUAUGGAUUAUUCAUACAUGCCUUGUUAGUUUUAAGUGAGUGAAAAAUGACCAUUAAUACUAAGUUUGGAAAAUCUGAAAUAGCCCAACGCGGAGUUGUAUUUAUAUGCUUUCAAAGAAGAUAGUAAUGCUAUACUUAGAGGUUUGAUAGCUGCAGUGCAGAGACGAGAGCUCAGUCUAUAGAACUACAACUACAGGGUGAUCCAGUCUUUCAUAAAGGACGAAUAACUCGCUAUGGUCUUCGAGAAGCAGUAGUUAAGACAUUAAAUGCUUUGUCUGCGAAAAUUAAAAUUGAACCGAUUCAGUCUUCAGCAUGGGAUACUCUUAUUGUUACACGCUUGAAGUCUGCUGGCAAGACCCCUAGAAUAUACUUUGAUUAUAGAUUAACGCUGAACUCAAGUUAGUUUAAGUAAACAUGAACCAUGGUGGAAGUUAAAUAUAUUUUUUAAUCGGCUUCAUUGCUCUGAAGUAUUCUUCAAAGCUGAUUUAAAAGAUGCUUAUCCUCAAAUUUCCUUAGAUAAAUCUUCUAUUUUGCCAGAGAUUAGCACUUCUUUUGGUCCAUUAAAAUACAAUCUCCUUCUGGUUUCAAUACUUCUCCAGCCAUAUCUCAAGAAGUAAUGAGUAAUGUAGUCAGUGGUCUUAAAAUUGCCAAGGUUGGUCGAGAUGAUCUUAUUCUUAUUAUUCAUGGUUCUUAUAAAGUAUCUCAUGGUCAAAGACUUGUUGCUUUGCUGCGUCGUUUAAUUGAGAAGAAUGUUACUCUGAACCAAAAUAAGAGUUCAUUUUGUGUAUCAAGUUUUGAAUGUCUUGGAUACCUAGUCGAUGGUAACGGUUUUAAGCCGGAUAUGAAGCGACUAGCUCCGCUGACAAAUGAACCAUCUGUGGAACAUCUUACAGAACUAUGUUCACUAGUGGGUUCUCCUCAACAUUGUUCUCGUUUUAUUUCUGGUUUUUGUUGCUGUGCUAAUUGUUUGCUUCAAAUCUUGACAUCCAGUUCAUUUAAAUGUGGUGAGGAACAAAAGUCAUGCCCACGAUGUCUACUAACGUCUCUUCAAAGUGAUGGUGUUAUUCAAACACGCUCCCCUAGCGUAAAUUCUGUACUUAUUACUGAUGCAUCAUCUGUAGGUUAUGGUGUAGUUUAGGAGCAGAAAGGGAGACCAGUAAUCUGGGUUUCAUGCAAAUAUUCCGACAGACAUACCGAAACAACUCAAUUUGUGAACCUAACAUUCAUAUAUAUUUACUUGUAAAGGGAUUCACUGUUGUUACGGUUCAUGAAGCUUUAAGAUUCAUUUAUUAUCCUGAAGCGUCCUUAACACGCUUCUCACCUGCCAUACUUAAUGAUGGAGUUUUGUGGUGGCUAACACUAUGUCAAGCCCAUAUGGGUUGCUCUAGCUUCCAGACGGACCAAUUUAUUCAUUCUUCUUGGGUCACAUUUUAACUUUGUCAAUUAUGGCAUAUUAACUUUAACUGUUUUUAUAUGAGCGUGUUUCUUAACCCUCUACCCUACCCCUCACAUAUCUGUGACCUAUUUUUGUCUGACUAUAAAUAUCGAGUCAUGAUUGGUUUAAACGAGUUGACUCACAUACCUUCUCCGAUUCGUCUCGUUCCUCUGAACGUCUGGACCAACGACUGUAUGAAAUAUGCGUCUUCAAACUCCAUUCUCAUAUUUGACUUAUUUAAUUCCGUUAUUCAUAAACGUGAUUUAAAUCGACAAUUAUAUCCGAGGGUAGCCGGGAUGUAUAUUUCGAUAACGACCAGAUAGAGCGCCACCAAAGUUUUUCUCUGAGUGAUUAUGAACAUACUAUUCGGCACAGAAUUCCCCAACAAAGUCAAACUUUUGAUUACAUAUCUCGAUUGUUAUCACAAUAUAAACCUUUUGAUACUGCAGUCUAAUUAUUAGUCCAACCUCUACCAGUGAACCGUCCAGAUCUCAUUAGAGAAAGUCAUCGAUGCUUUUGAUGUAUACUCAGUGCUAUGCGAAAAGGUUGGAAUUCUAACCAGAAACUCACGUUUCCGAUCUACUGCGCCAAGUAGGAUGAAUAAUCCACUACCCUUAAUGGUGUUAUUAUUCCCGAUUUAUUGCAUAAACCUGUCCUUGAAGAUCUUCAUAGUGGAUAUUUGGGUGUUGAGAACAUGAAAUCUUUGACAAGGCUCAUAUGUUGGUGGCCGGAGACAAAUGUAAAGUAAACGUUUACGAAAGACAUCAUAAGUUUGAAAAUAAUCCAUCAAAGUGGACUUCAUGGUCGGUAUCGUAUGAGGCCUGAAAAACAACUCAUCCAGACAUUAACGGUCUACUUCUCAGUAAAUACCUGUGGUGUUUAAAUGAACUAAUGAUGCCUUUGUACUUGUUGAAUGCUUGAUUUCGAAUUCCAACUACAGUACAUUAGUUUGUGGUUAUUAAGUACUUCUUGAUUCGAUUACGUCAUUUCUGGGAUUCUUAGUUCAUACUAUAAUUCAAAUAUUUAUGAAUACUACACUAUACCACUCAGAAUAGAAAUUACGCUAUGGAUAAUUCAGAUUGUCAACGCUCCAUACACACCAAACACUGAACAAGACAAACAAGCAAACUUCGCGUUCUGUCACUCAAUCCGUGAAUUGAUUUCACUAAAUGUUUCACUCAAUCGAAGUGACAUGACACUUUCUACCACCGAUCAAACAUCACAAUGUUGGUAACGAUUUGUUGAAGACUAGGAUUCAAUUGGUUGACCGACAAAUAGACAACUUCACAAACGUAUAAAUUCUAGUCCACAACUCACUGGAACAUCAGAAAUCACUGAACGUACAAAUGCAAAGAACAUUGGUGAGUCAUUCAUUCGUCUAACCAACCAAAACUCUCUCUUUCUCUCUCACACACAGGUGACAGUAUUGACUUUCGCCUUCGUUGUGAACUAUCUGGAUGUGGUGCACUGUGAUGGAGAUGGCGCACCCUCAGCUCCAGUCAAAUCACCUGAUCAGCAACCAGCUGCACCAGCCGCAUCGGAUUCACCUGCAGCACCAGCAGCGGCUUCAGCGAAACCAGAUUCGCCUGCCACCACCAAGUCAACCGCACGUCCGAAGCCACCGAAGAGAGCACAGAGACCAGCCUACCCAGCCAGAUCACCACCACGUGUUCGUAGUCCUCACGCUCCAACACAUCCGAGAAAAUACUAGCGUCCACCACAAGAUGGUAGAAAAUCGGUGCAGGUAUGAGGUGAACGCAGCCAAUGUGUUCAACGACAAUUCCCUCACUUUUACAUAUGUAACAAAUGACAACCGAAUAAAAUGUUAGGACUCAAACCUUGUCUUUUUUGCGUUAGCUGGCUUAUUUGCUUGCCUUUUCGUCUGAUUUAUCGGUGGUGCAUGUCCUUUUCUUUCUGUUAAACCGUGUUUUUAUCAGUGCAUUUUUGUAACUGAUUAGACAAAAGCUGUUAAAUUUCAGAGAAUCACCAUACUGUAUGUACCCCUUCGAUAAAUUGGACGUUCAACUGUACCAUCUUCGCUCCGUUGAAUGGCAAUGUCGAGAUGAUUGACUUAUCAUCUUUUUCACGUCUCAUAGUAAACUUGAUAUUCUUUCUAUUUCACCGUUCUGUUUACUAUUUUUAUCGUGCUCUUUCAAACUUCAUAUGUCCUAAUGGAUCCUCAGUAGCUACAGCUUUUUGCUGGUGUUCAUGGAAUCUAUCAUUAUUAUCAUAUAGUGAAUACCAAUAUCCUACCUUCUCUCUUUAAAAUCUACAUCUUUCUUCUUUCAAAAGCAAUUUUCUUAAAUAAAUUAUAUCUCCGUCAGAUGUUUGCAAAACCUUAUGUUCAUUAACUAUUCGUUAGUGUGCACCACACUAUCAUAUGACAUCAGUGACAUAAUAAUUUCCAGUACAUAAAAUCCUGUUUUGAGUAGAAUAAGAGUCCGAUAACUGAUGUAUUCAGAACCAUAAUAAACACGUCAAUUUUAUGUACACGUGUGAAAAUGCUAUUUGGUAGACCGUCUACUAGAAAAUGUUCGUCGACAAAAAUAAUGCUCCUCUCUCGAAAUGCUUCUUUACACUAAAACACCCGAAACUAAAUCAAUUUCGAAUUGAAUUCCUGUCUAAUGUGUCCUUUAAACUAGUCCAGUCAGUAUUCAGUCAUGAAAAGUGUUAAGUGUUAUAUUCCAUCUCCUAAAUCUUGAUCAAUCUUUACUUUCAUUCAAAGUUGAUUUUUCUUGAAUCAUUCUUUCUUCCUUUUCCUUCAAUGAAACUAUUAUUUCUAGUUGAACUUCGACAAUUUAGAAUAUAAAGUUGCUAUCAGGAAAUAAUUGAAUGAUUUAUUCUGAUCGGUUCAACGACAGAAGUUAUCCAUUCCGAUUUAAUUCAAUGUGAAAUGGAUUGGUUUAUCCCAUUGUUGAUAUCUUGAAUGAAACCUGACCAAUCCUGGUCUGGCAUAUAUGCAUCUCAUGCGAAUUGUUGGGAAAUAGCUAUUCCAAUAUUGCCCACUUUAUAUUAUUUUUCUGAUUUCUACAUGAACACCGAAAAAUAUAGAUCUCAAUAUUCUAUCAAUAUUGAUUUUGAAUGCUGUAAUAAAAAGGUGAAUAACUGGUCCAUUUUACACUUAGCGUAAAGUAAUGAACAGCUGUUGAAAAUUCUGUAAAAAUA